GGAGCGGGAUCCAUUUUCCAGGAAUCAAAUCAAUUGAACUUAUUAAGGAAUCCUAGAUGCAACUUUUUGAAUGGCCCAGUUUAUUUCAAUUUUUGAGCGGUAAAUAUGCACAGAGUCAAAGGAUAUGGAUAAGGAUUAUUUACGUUUUUGGAGUAAGAAAAGGAAACUGAGGACCAGGAAGUUGGAUCAAAGAAUGGAAGGAGACGUAGGAGUCUGGUGGGUUACCUGAUCGCGACGUGGAAAGAAGCUUCAUCUCCUACACAAGUAAACAAGACUUAGUUAACGGUGAAGAUCAAAGGGCAUCAUGACUGACAGGAAGGCAGUAAUCAAGAAUGCUGACAUGUCAGAGGACAUGCAGCAGGAUGCAGUGGACUGUGCUACCCAGGCCAUGGAGAAGUACAAUAUAGAGAAGGACAUUGCAGCCUACAUAAAGAAGGAAUUUGACAAGAAGUAUAACCCAACAUGGCAUUGCAUUGUUGGGAGGAACUUCGGCAGCUACGUCACUCAUGAGACAAAGCAUUUCAUCUACUUCUACUUAGGGCAGGUGGCCAUCCUCCUCUUCAAGUCUGGCUGAGUUCUGUGAGGCCUGGAGUGCCUCUCCUCCCAACCUGGACUGUAAUGCACUGGUGGCUGAUGUCACAACUUCCCACACACUUCAAAUAUUAAAAUGAAAACAUACCAUGAUGAUACACAACUGGCUGUGCGCAACUGCAUGGACUAAGAUGUACCAUAUUUAAUGUGUAUAUGUUACAGUACAAAUACUACUUUCACUAGUUGCCAUAAAAUGCAACGAAGAGAUUUUUGUUAAUGCUGUUCUACAUUUUGUUAUACUUAAGUUGUAAAUGCUUUAACAGUGGCCUUUGAUUGUAUAAUAAAGGAAAGCUAGAGAAUGUAGUCGUGCAUCUGCUUUACCCCAGAGAGCUGUUUUGCUUUGUGACUCCUGUGCUACUGUUUGAAUGUGCUGAGUUGCUCUAGACCUUGAACUACUACAGCAGUUUGUAAUGCCUGUAUCUUACCAAAGGUACAAGUGAGACUAGCACAAUCUAUUUGGACACAUCUUCCCAGAUUUGCAAUUGCUUUUAUCGAUCCCAUUUCCCAGUCAUAUCUCAUAGGUGUAAUGUCUCAUUUGGCAUAGUGAGGGUGUUGGCAAUGUCCUAUUGCUAAUUGAGUUCCUAUGUUAACAUGCAGAUGUUUUUAGAAUGGUGGCUUGGAGGUUCCAUUUGCGGACACCAUCCAUACUUGAACCUAUUCUGGCUGUGCAACAAAGGACUCAAUGUUGGCAUUCAGGUCCUUUUGUACACUUGCAUAUCUUAGUGACUUAACUGUCUGCUUUGUUGGUAGUUUCAAGUCUGUCUAUGGUUUGAUGCACAUUUCUAUAUGAUUUGCACAGACAUACCUCUUCUCUCUGCAUGGGAGUACAACUGCACUUCACUGAAGGAAUAAUUGGGUUUUUGGCAAUGAGGCCCUUUAUCUACUUCCUCAGCCGACUGUAAGGAAUCCUUUGAACAAGUAUGAAGGAAGUUGGAGAUCGUUUGGCAAAUGCUAAUUAGUGUUGGCGCAAUCAAUGGACGUUGCUAGUAAAUACCAUGUACUUCCAAACAUUGCUUCAACGCAUCUAAACGACAUGAGUUCUGACUCCAGGGAAUUAAAUGAAGGGCCUCAUUGCCAAAAUCCCAAAGUAUCCCUUUAAAGGGGUAAAGGUGCCCAGUAAAGUUGAACUUUAAUUUAGUCAAUAAAAUGUUUAAUCAA